ACGGUACCAGAAGCCCCUCUCAGACGGUCCGAAAAGUUGCAACCCACAACAAGAUGAAGGCCUACCUGCUGGUUAUCCUGCUUAUCGGCGCUGCCGCUUGCAUGGCGAGUGCGGCGACCGCCGGCUGCUCUUGCCCGCAGUGCAUCAUCUUCGACCCCAUCUGCGCCAGCAGCUACAAGAACGGCCGUCGCGGCUUCAGCAGCGGCUGCCACAUGCGCUGCUACAACCGAUGCUACGGCACGGAUUACUACCAGAUCAGUAAGGGGAGCAAGUGCAUUUGAAGCGACACCACAGAGUGCUGUGGAGAGUCAACCAAAGAACACUAUUUAUUAUUUUCAAAUAUUUUUAAAUGUUAAUAAACAAUUUAUUUAAAAAUUUCUUUAAAUUAGCUGAACCGUCUGAACAUCAAGAUGUCAGUAUUUGUAAUAAAAAAGCGACCAAUUGAAUAAUA